AUGAACCAAUCGCCUUUGGCGAUAAGUGUUCCUGUCGAUGCUGGUACUAACACUGACACUAAUGUUGCCGUUGGUAACACCAACGGCAACGGCCCCAACGUACGUGAGGGGUCAGAUGUCGAAGCGUCGGAAGAAGAGGUGCAAGGAUGUACCGAUAGACUACAAACUGUGAUGCGCCACAGAUCUACUCACGGACUUCCCCACGAUUUGCGCUAUGAACCUUUACGUCCCUCUCUACUACCAGAAUACGUCUGCCCUGUACAGGCUAAUUAUCGAGGUGCUUCGACUGGGUCCUUAGCGCUCAGUGAGAAUUUAGAAAAUAUCGAUGAAUUCAACAACAGUGGACUGAACGUUAGCCGCCAUAACAGAUUUAAUCCACAACUAUACAACUACAGCAUGGCGACAAGUCCUACCAUGGCCAACCUCAACAGUUGCGCUAAUUGUCCUCCUAGACCGGGGGAACGUUCUCAAUGGCGUGAUGCACCAUCUGGAUCAGUUGAUGGCACUGCAGAGGAAUCUGGCAAUGAAUCGGUUGAUGAAUCUACAGAGCCUGUUGUUGCAUCCACUUCAGAAUCGGUUGAUGGAUCUGCGGAUGGAUCUGUUUCCGGUUAUGCUCCAGUGUCAGCAGAAGGAACCUCUAAUGGGUCCGCUGAUGGAUCGGCUGAUGGAUAUGGUGGAAUAAAUCACAUCCUGAAUGAACAGGGAAGCAAUAAAGAUAUCGGUGAACAGUCUGAGACAACGGCAUCACCAGCUACUUCCGAUUCAGGUGAUGCAAUAGAUUUGCAAAGCAUACCCCAGGUCGCAACUGCUGCAGAUGCGACCUCGGAUAGUUGGCACGACCUGCGAGGAAAGCCAGACGAAAACGGUUUCUACUCUAUCCGUUUAACCCCAUUUAUAGAUCAUUCUUCAUCUGCUCCUUACAUGUUUUUUGGUCCCAUUAUUCGAAAGAUCAAACCAGGUAUGAGCAUUCCAAUGGGAAGAUAUACAGAGAAGUGUAGAAGCGCAGCUACAGCCCCGCAGGGAUCGUCUGCUGCGGUGGUGUUUAAAAGCAAGGUUGUCUCGAGACAGCAUGCCCAAUUGACGGUGGACGAAGAUGGCCAGUGGCAUAUAAGAGACGUUAGUUCGUCGUCAGGAACAUUUCUUAACCACUUGAGGCUCUCCCUUGCUAACGUAGAAAGCGGAGAAUUUGCAUUGAACGAUUCCGACAUUCUUCAAUUAGGUAUGGAUUACAGAGGUGGUUCUGAAGAGAUAUAUCGAUGCGUUAAGGUGAAGGUGGAGUUGAAUUUCUCUUGGCGGAGAAGGGGUGCCAAGUUCUCCAAGGAGGCCCAUAAGCGCUUAAAAGAAUUGACUUUAACUAGAAAGGAUGAAGAUCUAACACCAUGUGUAAUCUGCCUCGGACCUAUCAAACCAUGCCAGGCAGUGUUUGUGUCGAGUUGUUCACACUCAUGGCAUUACAAGUGCAUACGACCGUUGAUAGUAAAGACCUAUCCUCAGUUCAUGUGUCCAAAUUGUAAAGCUGUGUGCGAUAUAGAAGCCGAUCUGGACGAUGAGGAUCAAUGCUGA